UUUAAUAAAAAAUUUAAGAUUUUUUUUAGAAUUUUAUAUGAAUGAAAAAAAGUGUUCGAGAACUUCUUAGUGUUCGUAAGAAAUUUAUAAAUUGCGUUAUUUGCGAGUAGAAUGUUAGCUAGAUCUGUUCGACAAAUCAAAUUUCUCUUUUCUGAUACUAAUAGAAGUAAAACAAAAGUUUUAACCGUAUCUAAAUCAAAAUAUUUCUUAACAAAGAGAAAAUUUUACAGCUCUUUUAAAGAACAUGCUAAGCCUCUUAAUUAUAGCAUAGAUGAAAAACAAAAUAUAGUCGAAAUUCAUUGGGAUGAUAAAGUUACAAGCCGGCACUCCAGUAUUUUCUUAAGAGAUUGCUGUCUUUGCAACAAAUGUUUCAACAGUGAUUCGAAGCAACGUCGUAUUGACACUUAUAGAGAAAUACCACUUAAUAUAAAGCCGAUAUCUAUUGAUAUUACUUUAAGCCAUGUUCAUUUUAAAUGGUCCGAUAGUCAUGUAACAGCAUUUACACAUGAGUUUUUAUUGGAAAGAAGAAAAAAUGAAUAUAGUGACAUAUCUCAUAUAAAACCGACACUCUGGGCUACUUUAAGUGAUAUCCCUCGAUAUAAUUUAGACACUGUAUUACUAAAUGAAGAAACUAGGUAUGCUUGGUUUCAAAGUUUGUGUGAAUUUGGAGUAGUCUUGUUUACAGGGGCUAAAAAAGAAAAAGGGGAGUUAGAGAGAGUUAAAAGGAUAUUUGGUGGAUACUUUAAAAGUACACAUUAUGGUCAUACAUUUGAUGUUGUUUAUAAACCAAACCCUGCUAGUCUUGCAUAUACUUCGGAGAAAAUACUUCCUCACGUUGAUUUACCGCAUUAUUGUUAUCCACCUGGUAUUCAAGCAUUACAUUGCAUCAAGCAGUACUCAGGUGAAGGAGGUGAUACAACGUUCACUGACGGAUUUUAUAUUGCACAAAAGCUAAAGCAACAAAAUCCAGAAUCAUUUCUUUCUCUUACAAAGCAAAACGUGACGUACAGAGAUAUUGGUACGGACAUUUUUGGAGAAUUUGAAACGUUUUACCAAAGACCUGUUAUCGGGACUGAAAAUGGUGUUGUGAAGGCUAUAGACUACAGCAAUUGGCUUCGGGAUUACACAAUUAAUGGUAGCGCUGAAGAAAUACAAAAGUACUACAAAGCUUAUUAUGAUUUUACAGCACUUAUAUGUGAUCCAAACCAUAUUUGUUCAUACAAACUUUCCGAAGGUGAAAUAGUUACGUUUCACAAUCGAAGAAUAUUACAUGGACGAUCGGCAUUUUUAGUUAAUGACUCAAAUGCAAGUCGCGUACUCAAUGGGUGUUAUUUUGAUUGGGAUCAAUUAUUCUGGAGCAUGCGUCCUAUUAAAAGGAGGUUGGAUAGAAAAAAUAGAAUUGCCGAGAGAUAAAUGUUAAAAAGUUACAUAAAUAUAAAUUUUUGAAUGUAUAUACAAAUUUCUAUUUAAAACCAUUUUCAGUUCAAA